UUUUAUUAAAUUAAUAUGAAAAUAUUUGAGAUUCUUAAUCAUAUUUGUUUUCGUUAUAUGAUCAUUUCAGCUUGUCCAACCGAUCCAAGUACUAUUGACCCAACAUCAGAUGACUGUGGCUGCAACGGAUGCCUAACUCCUCACCCCUUCAACUGUUCAGCUUAUUACCGUUGUAAAGAUGGACGUCGAGAAUUGAUCUUCUGUCCCUCUGGUCUUUAUUUUAACAGAGAUACCAAAGUAUGUGAUCAUCCAAACAACGUUCGCUGUUGGUACUUUAUUUGUCCAGCGCAGAACGGAAUGUUCAAAAAUGUAUUUGACUGUGGAAGUUUCUGGCAUUGUUCAAAUGGAAUCCCUUAUUUUAAGGACUGUCCAGCCAACUUACACUGGAGCGUAGAAAGAAACAGGUGUGAGUGGCCGUGUGUCGCCAAAUGCGAUCCAUCUGUUCCAACCUGCAAGCCUUCUACAACUCAAAAGCCAGAUCCCUGGUGUCCUUGCUCCAAGUGUAUCUCAGAAGAUCCCUUCGAUUGCAGAGCCUAUUUUAAAUGUGAAGAUGGGAGACGAGUGAAGAUGUAUUGUCCUACUGGUCUCUAUUUCAACAGGAUCACUAAGGUCUGUGACUACCUGGAAAACGUUCAAUGCAGAGACAUUGGAGAUCCUAUUCUUUGUAAAUGGCCCAAUGGCAAGUUUAUCUUUCCUGGAAACUGUAAGAAGUAUGUCGAAUGUAUCAAUGGUAUCGCCUUCAUCACGGAAUGUCCUAAGGGCCACACAUUUGAUAGGUUAAGACUAUUCUGUGUGGCCUCUGGCAGUGGAUGUGGUGAAUGGGAAAAAAGUCCCGUAUGUACAACCUUGAACGGACUCUUUCCAAAAGAAGGCGACUGUACCAAAUUCUAUCACUGUUCGAACGGUAUUGCUUACUUGAAAACCUGUCCUGCAUCUCUUUACUUUAACCCUUAUCUACAAGUCUGUGAUUGGCCAAGGAACGUUCGGAAGUGCGGAAUUGUAACAGAUUCACCAGCCUGCAUCCCUAUCCAUAAUAUCAAGUGUCCAUCCUGUGCCUGCCGAGUGGCCGAUCCAAACGAUUGUAGUUCCUUCUACGAAUGCACUGGAGAAGGCAUAGCAUGUAAGAAAACAUGUCCGGCUGGACUCGUGUUUAACGUCAUCAAGAUGGAGUGUGACAUGCUUCACAAUAGUGACUGUUCCCUAGCAGUUUCUAAGAAAGAAGAACAAAAACCAAGUUUAGCAGUUUAGUUCGUGAUUCGUCUAAAUAUGUCACGUGCUCUCCAAAUGGUCAAAACAAUGAACAGAACUGUCCAGUUGAACAAUAAAGCCACAAAGAGAAUGUAAACUCUUAAUGUUUUUUUUAACAAUGACUAAAAUAUUCCGUGAUUCACUAACAUGUUAUUUUUAGAAACUGAUAGAAGUACUCAAAAUGUAUUA